AGCAACUCCUUAACUUGAGUUCUUCCUUUCCUUCCCUUCCUCCCAAUCAUCAUCAUCACCACCACCACCAAACAUAAUUUCAGCCCAAUCCAGAAUAUCGUGGCAGUGACCCUAUGGACAAUCUGCCUACAGAGAUGUCCGACCUCCAGAACGCGGCUGUCCUUGCCUACCCUGUGCCACCCAAUUCUCAAUCUCUUUUUCAGCUCACCUUGUAUCCCAUCACUCUAAAGUUUGAAGAGGUGGUGUACAAAGUAAAAGUGGAGCAGAAAGGAGUGUGCUGGGGUACAUGGAGCAGCAGAGAGAAAAGCAUAUUGAACGGGAUAACAGGAAUGGUUUCACCUGGAGAGAUACUGGCAAUGUUAGGGCCAUCUGGGAGUGGGAAAACCACCCUCCUAACAGCUCUUGGAGGCCGGCCGCUCAACGGCAAGUUGUCUGGAAAGAUCACAUACAAUGCUAACCCUUUUUCUGGUACCAUAAAAAGAAGAACAGGAUUUGUUGCUCAGGACGAUGUAUUAUAUCCACAUCUCACUGUGGCCGAAACUCUUCUCUUCACCGCACUCUUAAGGCUACCAAACAGCUUGGCUCGGGAUGAAAAAGUCCAGCAUGUGGAGCGAGUGAUCACUGAGCUGGGCUUGUCCAAGUGCCGCAACAACAUGAUCUGGGGGCCACUGUUUCGAGGAAUAUCAGGUGGAGAAAAGAAGAGGGUGAGCAUAGGUCAGGAAAUGCUAAUUAAUCCAAGCUUACUAUUGCUAGAUGAGCCAACGUCCGGUUUGGACUCCACCACAGCUCAACGGAUCCUCAACACCGUCAAACGGCUUGCCUGCGGAGGUAGAACCGUCGUCACUACUAUUCACCAGCCCUCCAGCAGGCUCUACCACAUGUUUGAUAAGGUUAUCUUGCUCUCAGAGGGCUGCCCCAUCUAUUACGGUCCUGCUUCUGCAGCCUUGGAAUAUUUCUCCUCAAUCGGCUUUUCCACAUCCAUCACCGUCAAUCCUGCUGAUCUCUUGCUUGAUCUUGCUAAUGGAAUUACCCCUGAUUCCAAGCAAGCAAUUGAUCAAAGUGAAAACAUUGAACUAGAACAGAAGUUGGUAAGGGAAGCUUUGGUUUCAGCCUAUGACAAUAACAUUUCUAUAAGGUUGAAAGCUGAGCUUUGCAGUUUCGAUGUCAGCAACUACAAUUAUGCGAAAGAUGGUUCUAAAAGAUUUGACAUGAAACCAGAGCAAUGGUGUACAAGCUGGUGGCAUCAGUUCAAGGUUCUGCUUCAGAGGGGGCUGAGAGAGCGGAGGUAUGAAGCAUUCAACAGGCUACGGAUUUUUCAAGUUUUAAGUGUCGCCGUUCUUGGUGGACUCUUGUGGUGGCACACCCCGACAUCUCACAUUGAAGACCGCAUCGCCUUGCUCUUCUUCUUCUCUGUGUUUUGGGGCUUCUACCCUCUGUACAAUGCAGUUUUCACAUUUCCCCAAGAAAGAAGAAUGCUAAUCAAGGAACGAUCAGCGGGAAUGUACCGCCUUUCUUCCUACUUCCUAGCCAGAACAGUUGGAGACCUGCCGCUGGAGCUUGGUCUCCCAACUGCAUUUGUGUUCAUUAUCUAUUGGAUGGGUGGGCUUAAACCCAAUCCUGUGACUUUCAUCCUUUCCCUACUUGUGGUUCUCUACAGUGUUCUUGUCUCACAAAGUCUUGGAUUAGCCAUCGGUGCAAUUCUUAUGGACGUAAAACAAGCCACUACUUUAGCUUCUGUUACAACCCUUGUUUUCCUGAUAGCAGGAGGAUAUUAUAUUCAACGAAUUCCUCCCUUCAUAAUCUGGCUAAAGUUCUUGAGCUAUAGCUACUACUGUUACAAGCUUCUUCUUGGUGUUCAAUACAAAGAGGAUGAUUAUUAUGAGUGCUCAACAGGAGUGUUGUGUCGAGUUGGAGAUUUCCCUGCAGUCAAAUCAAUGGGUCUGAAUCAUUUAUGGGUAGACGUGGCCAUCAUGGCCCUAAUGUUGGUGGGUUAUCGACUUGUUGCUUAUCUAGCACUGCAUAAGGUACAGUUCAGGUAAAUUCCAGCAGAGCCUGAGGUGAUCUAUUUCAUCAAACGAAGAGUUUUUCUUCUUCAACUGAGGAAUAUUAAUAAUGUGUUAGAUACUUAAUUAAUUAGGUUCUCGUUGGUGAUCAUGUUGUGAAAUUUUGAUCAACUUCCCUCU